UCAUCGCCCUGCGCGGCAGUGGGAUAAGCCAAACAAGCCAUGGCGGGUGAAGGAGCUGAAGGCUCGGCUAAGCCAGCAACAUCAGCAGAGAAGCAGUUUCUUCUCCGCCCACAACACUUCGAUUACUGGAAGACAAAUGCAGCGCGGAUCCGCAGCAGGAAUCUGGCGACUGCUUUCUGUAUUGGUGCGUUUGUCGUGGGAAUGUUUAGCUACACCAUCUUGUCCGUCAAACAGGAGAGAAUCCUGGAUGAAAUAGAUGAUGAAGCCCGGAUCCACAUCAUCAGAGGACCACGGACUGGCACCAACUCUUAAGGACACGGAACAGCCCUGUGUGAAACAAGAAUAUUAUCUUUUUUUUUUUUUUUUAAUCAUUACUGUUGCACACAACAUAUUUGAUGGCUGCCAAACUCGCAGCCAUUGGAUCAAGUUUUCAGUGAAAUCUUGAACAAUGUGAGAGUAAAGCCUAACAAGCGCCACCUAAAAUGUGUCAAUUUUGCAGAAUGUUGCUUGUUGGUGUUGUAUUAUUUGAUGACUAGUCAGUGGAAACACUCAAUAAAGAACUUUGCAAGGAAAAACAA